AUGAGACGUGGAAAGCAGAAUGUCCAGGGAAAUAUCUGCAUUGGAGACAUCCUCACGAUUGGUCCAGAAGUCACAGUGCAGGUCAGUCUUCCACGACAACCCUGUUUCAAACUCAACCACCGCUUCGAAGUCAAGGAUAUGGCGUGGCAGUCUCAGAUGAAGAGCAGGACAGGCUGGUACUAUCGGGUCUUGAAGGAGGGCUACAUUUCACCGGGCGACGAAAUCAAACUUGUCGAGAGACUGAACCCGAAGUGGACGGUGGCCGCAGUUCAACACUACUUGUACCGGGAAAUGAAAAAUUUUGAGGUCAUGGCCGAAUUGAAUCAGGACGAACGAAUGUUCGGUGACGACUCUGUCACUCUGGAGGCCUGGUCGGACUACAAGCUGGUGCAGGAGCUUCGACAGACCCCUCGAAUCUGUUCGUUCGUUUUCGAGGUUGUCGGAGAGCAGUCUCAAACGACGAGUCUCAAAGUUGAACCUGGAUCUCAUGUGCGCUUGAAGUUGGGAGACAAGGGUGACCUGAUCCGAGCAUACUCGGUUGUUGGUGGCACCAAGGACCGCUUCGAGCUGGGCGUGGCUCUUGCAGACGAGUCCCGUGGCGGAUCUCUAUAUCUGCAUAAAAAUGCCAAAGUGGGAGAGGUAUUCUCAGUAGGGAAGAUUGCCACCAGCUUCCCAUUUGCGCCAGAGGCGGACGAACAUAUUUUGAUCGCUGGUGGAACCGGAAUCACAGCCUUCCUUCCCACUGCGGAAAAAUUGAAGGAAUCGGGGGAGAAUUUCACGUUGCAUCUGGCCGUCCGCUCGACCCAUAAGGUACCCUUCAGGGAGAGACUAUCGAAGCUCGGCAAGAGCCUCGUAAUCUAUGACAAAGAAAGGGGACGGCGGCUGGACCUCGCCCGUAUCAUGUGCAGAGUGACCACCAACCCACACGUGUAUUGCUGCGGGUCUCCCAGAUUGAUGGACGACGUUGCCGCAACUGCGAAGCGAUAUGGGCUGGCAGAAGAACAGAUUCACUUUGAGGCUUUCGCAGUCACGACCUCAGGCGAUCCUUUCACCGCGGCGCUCCUGACGAGCCAAAAGACAAUCCAAGUGCCGGCAAGACGGAGCCUUCUGGAAGCACUGAGGGAGGCGGGCAUCGACGUACCGUCAUCGUGUGAAGCUGGAAGCUGUGGCACUUGUCGUGUCCAAGUUGCAAAGGGACGCAUUGACCAUCGUGGAACCGGCUUGUUGGAAUCGGAUAAGGCCUCAGCAAUGCUAGCCUGCUCUUCUAGAGGCAUUGGACAUAUAGAACUAGAGCUUUGA